UCUCCCGCGCUGCCUCCAGUCGGUCGCGGUCACCGUGCGCGCGGUUGCCAGGGGAGACGCGUGGACAGCCAGCGGCAGACUGGCACAGGCUCUCCCCGCCAUUUCCUUCCGUCUCGAGCCGUGGAAUGUCGAGCGGCGGCUCGAACUCUUCCUCGCGGAAGGAGUUCGAUGUGAAGCAGAUCCUCAGGAUCCGAUGGAGGUGGUUCGGUCACCCCGCGGUUCCUCCGCCUCACUCCCCGCCUCAAGGAGACUACUUCCCCGCGAGGAGAACGGGCGGCAGCGGAGACGGACCCUCAGUUAGCGGUGGUAGCAACUCGAACACAACCGGCGUGAACAGCAGGCAUAGCGGGCUGGUGGCCAGCGGCAGCACCGGGUCGAACCUCUGUGACGGCAGAAAGUUUGCUGACCCGGUGGGGAGUCGGAGCGGUGCGGGAGGCGCGGUAGUUGGAGCGACGGGGAGCUCCUGUCCCCGCUCCUUCAGCCAGCCAGAGUGCCGGAGCUCCGCCGCGGCGCUGUCGUGGGUCUCCUCGCCGCCCCAUCGUUACUCUCGCGGUGGAACCAGCAUGGAGCCCCGCGGCGAGGCCCCGGUGUCCCCGCUGGUACCCGAACCCUCCGCCCGCCGCUGUGGCGACGAGGAGCCGCCGGUGGCCGCAGCCGCGCCGCGCACCGAGGAGAACAACCACCUGGAAACCGACUCCAGCUCCUGCAGGACGUCAAACAGCAGUGCCACACUGUCCUCUUGCAUGUCUAUGGAGCCUUGUGCAUGUCCAGAAGACUGUGUGUUCACCGCUCUGUCCCACGCUGACAUUACCUUCCGUAAGAUGGAGAGCUACCUGAGGACCCGACAGCUGUGUGACGUCACACUGGUGGCUGGAGACAGACGCAUACCUGCACACAGACUAGUUCUCUCAUCCGUGUCAGACUACUUUGCUGCAAUGUUCACCAGUGACGUGCGGGAGGCCAAGCAGGACGAGGUGAAGAUGGAGGGAGUGGACCCUGAUGCCUUAUGGGUCCUGGUGCAAUAUGCAUACACAGGUCGUCUCGAGUUGAAAGAGCACACCAUUGAGUCGUUGCUGUCAGCCUCCUGUCUACUUCAGUUGUCCUCUGUGGUUCAAGCCUGCUGUUCUUUCCUCAUCAAGCAGCUCCACCCCUCAAACUGUUUAGGCAUCCACUCAUACGCUGAUGCUCAGGGCUGCCAUGACCUACAGAGGGCCGCUCAAGCCUACACCAUGGAACAUUUUCUGGAGGUAGUAGGAGGGCAGGAGUUCCUGCUGCUUCCACUGGAGGAGAUGGAAAGACUGCUUACCUCUGAUGACAUCAAUGUGCCUGAUGAGGAAACUGUGGUAUCCACGUUACUUACCUGGGUUCAACAUGACACAACUGCACGGCAGCGCCACCUACCCUUUUUAUUGGCUCACAUCCGGAUCCCACUGCUACAACCACAGUUCCUGGCAGACCUGGAAUCCAACCCUUUGCCGGACAGUGUGGAGUGCCAGCGGCUGCUGAUGGAGGGGAUGAAGUAUCAUCUUUUACCCCAGCGGAGGCCACUUCUUCAAAGUGCCCGUACCCGGCCACGCAAGGCCACAGUAGGAGCCAUGUUUGCUGUCGGAGGCAUGGAUGCUACAAAAGGUGCUACAAGUAUUGAGCAGUACUGUCUGCGUCAGGAUACGUGGAAGCAGGUUGCCACCAUGAGUGGACGAAGACUGCAGUUUGGUGUAGCUGUUCUUGAUGGCCGUCUCUAUGUGGUCGGGGGUCGAGAUGGACUCAAGACCCUCAACAGUGUUGAGUGUUACAACCCUCACAGCAAAACAUGGAAGGUCAUGCCACCCAUGUCCACCCAGCACGGCUUAGGUGUAGCUGUGCUGGAGGGGCCCAUGUACGCAGUCGGAGGACAUGACGGAUGGAGCUACCUCAGCACAGUUGAAAGGUGGGAUCCUCAAGGUCGCCAUGGAGCCUUUGUUGCUAGUAUGGCUACACCCAGGAGCACUGUGGGAGUGGCCGUGCUUAACGGAAAGUUGUAUGCAGUUGGAGGUCGUGACGGCUCGUCUUGUCUACGCUCAGUGGAGUGUUUCGACCCUCACACCAACAGGUGGAGUGGUUGUGCUCCUAUGGCUAAACGGCGUGGAGGAGUUGGUGUGGCUACAUGGCACGGCUUCCUGUAUGCCAUCGGAGGUCACGAUGCUCCGGCCUCCUCCCUCGCCUCCCGCCUGAGUGACUGUGUGGAGAGGUAUGACCCUCAGACAGACAUGUGGACGGCAGUUGCUCCUAUGAGCAUCAGCAGAGAUGCGGUUGGUGUGUGUCUCCUUGGCGACUGUCUCUAUGCUGUGGGCGGUUAUGACGGGCAGGUGUAUCUAAAUACUGUCGAGGCUUAUGAUCCUCAGACGAACGAGUGGACUCAGACAGCUCCUCUGUGUCUGGGCAGAGCUGGUGCAUGUGUGGUGUCCAUCAAGCUGUGAGAUUUCCAACACCGGAUGUGGCUCUGAGACUCUCGGCUUUGUCACCACUUGCACAUUACACGAAUUAAACCACAAGAUCCAUCUACUCACUGAUAUGAAAAACAUUUGAGAUUGAGUUCUCAUAAAUGGCAGACUUCAGGUUUCACACAUUGAGGAAGUUGUCUUUCAUUUAUUUACAAAAAAAAAUAAAAGAAAAAAAUAAAUAAAUAAAUCAGUUGAGCUCAGUCUUUAGAAAAUGACUGUGUGUAAACAUCCAGAUAUCUUUCAACAAAACAGACACCAACACUCCAGUCAGAGGAAUCUGCAGUAAAUCUGAACAGGACAGAGCGAUUGCUUGGCAGAUUUAUUUUUUAUUUAUUGUGGAACACAUUCACAUUCUGUUUCUCCAAACAUGAAGAUGUGAGUGCUUGUAGAUAUCCAUCAUUUUAUGCUCAGUUUUGUCUGACGUGUGUGUGUUUGUGCGACUGUAAUGCAUUUCCCGUUAUUUUAAGCUACACGUGGUAGGCACACUCCAUCUUUUUGUGUUCCUCGCUUGCCUGUUGACACAUAAAAGAAAGAUAUUUGACAUAAUCAGCUCAACCUGGUUCUGUAAAGAAACUAGGCCUUUUUUUUUCCCUUCAGUCAUAACCGCGUCCUAUUACCUGAUUAUUCUGUCUGCUUGUUUGCUGCCUGCCUCUCCUUUUAACUUUUUUAAUUAACUCCUUUUGCAAUCUAUUGUUUAAAUGUCCUUUUCCUUUGGACUUAAUGUUACGAUCCGAAACUGCCAUUUUUUUGUGUAAAGCCUGGUUAUGAGAUCGUGACCAGGGGAUAAUUUGAAAAGACCUUUUUUUAAUCCCCGUCUGAGCAGUACAGGUUUAGUUGAGCUUCCCAGCUUCCAUAGUUUCCUCUGUUGUGGAAAUACAAGUUUUAACAGGCUUUUGUAGCAGAAUUAGUUGCAAGG